GUUCAUUCCAAUGCUAUAACAAAACAUGUGGUAUAAAUAGCGGUAUAUGCAACUACGGCUGUAAUAAUAGUUAUUCAGGUGAUAAAUGUUGUGUGCAGAGCAACAAUUGCAUAGAAUGCGCCUCUGACACUGAAUGCCAAAAAUGUAAAUCUGGUUAUUUCAGUAAAUUCUGUGAGACAAAGUGCCAUGUUAACUGUCUACAUUCCUGUGACAUCUCAACAGGCGUUUGCAGCGACUGCAUAAUAAAUCAUUAUGGAGUCUUCUGCAACUUGAAAUGUUCUGAUAAUUGCAAUGCUUCACGAAGCAGCGCCACACGGAAUUGUGCGUCAUGAGACGGAGCGUGUAUGUUUGGUUGUAAGCAGGGAUUUUUUGGAGUUAAAUGUAAUGAGACAUGUAGCAGUCUUUGCAUCCACACCUUAUGUAGACAAGAAAGUGGUGUAUGCAUAAAAGGUUGCACAGGCUCAAAAGACGACCCAGUUUGUCUAUUAGAGAAACCACAAGACGAAUCCGACAAUAAAUCAACAACAACUACAGUUAUUAUUUUGGCAAUACUCUUGGCGCUUUUCUCUACUGCAUUAUGUAUUUUACUUUUGAAGAAAAUAAUAAAGAAAAUGCGUUUUACAGUCAGGCAAACAGAAGAGUCUGUGAUUCGAAAUCCUUCUCAAUAUUCACAAAAUGAAGAAGUUAUCGCUGUCACUGAGGUAGACAAUGUCGCUUAUGAAAUCCUCGAUACAACUCAAGGUGCUCCGGAACAUACGUAUGACACAGCCUCCCACAGUGUACAAGAAAGUUCGCUCAAUUCUGGGGACAAAGAAUAUAUGAAUCUACAAAUCCCAAAACAAUGAAAUCUCAAUCUCCUUCCGUGACUGUUUUCUACACCUAAACAACGCACGUAAAACUAAGAAAGGGGACUUGAACAUUCAUUUAAGUUGUCGGUUUUAAUGUUUGAUUCUUUUGCUCCACGACAUACAUGUAUUUAAAGGAUUAUGUAAUUAUUAGGCACCAUUCUAACUGUAUCGCUUUUGAAAUGAUACUUUUCUACCUAUGACCUUUAGUUAAUGACUUUGAAUAUAUCAGUGUUUUAUGUUGUUUUGUGGUACAUGUAAUCGAGAGUUGAUAAAAGUACUGAAUAGAUCAAUGUAUUAUACGUAUUUAUGAUAGUAAGAACGUUAUCUAUGUCAACUUAUUAUUGUAGUAUGAUAUUUGGUUAUUAGAUUAAUGAAAGUGUCACUUUUCUAAUGAUACUCACUGUAAAAAUAAUAUUUAUGCGAUAUCAUUUGCAAUAUAUAGGAGCACUCAUCAAUUGAAAAUUGAGCUAAAGAUUGAAAGGAGACCUUGUCUUUGGUCGUGGACUACUUUCUCAUUUGUAUGUACUUUAUAACUGACACAAAUGAUAAGAUUAGAAAAAAAACAACACGAAACUCUUCGAUUCAGUAUGUGAACGUAUUAUCGCAUCAGAUAUGACAGACCUCUAAGGUUUCCUCUUGUUGUUAGUUUUGUGCUUGUUCUAUAUAUUUGUUCAUGAAAGAUCAAUAUAUAUUUAUAGAUAAUAUAAUGUUUACUUACUCGUUUCGUAUACAUUGUAUAAUAAUGAUGUCUUAAAUUAACAGGAAUUCAAAUUUAUAAAAUCAUACAGCUGUCAUAUUCAAUAAACUUUAAUAUCUGA